UGUCAAACAAUCUGACAUACGUUUGUGUUUGGGAAAUGGGAAAAAGAAGCAAAUUUAUAGAUUGCGCCUUUUUAAAUUUGCAUUCGCGAUAAAUAUGUAAUUAUGGUUAAUAUACUCGACUGCAAUAGUUCCGAGAAUACUGUUUUUAUGAAGAGGAUACCAAUUCAGAAACCUAAAUCCGAAAUCAAAAUAAGAUUGGAAGGCAUAAAACAUAUGGUUCAAAAUUUAGAAUUAAGUGUUACGGAAUCGGACUUCGAAGAUAAGCAACUGUUGAGGCAGUUACAAGUUGAUGGUAUAAAAAAUUUCAGCAUGUUGACACAAUUAAACGAAGCAAGAAAAGAAAACAAGCAACUUCUAAAUCUUCUUCACCAGAAAUACGAGCAAAACUCCUCGCGUUCCCAUACGGAUUUCAGUACGACGUAUUCCACCAUGAGCGUGGUUAAUCUCCAAUAUAAAUACGAAGAACUGUUAAACAACCACGACAAUUUACUACGACUUUUGUCUUCUAAGGACAAGGAAGUGAAGCGACUUUGCAAAGAGAAUGAAGAUAUUAUCCAAAACACUUCCGACUUAUCUAAAAAGUUACAACUAUACGAAUCACUGCUCGAAAAACUAUGUACGAAAUACGUCGCGUUAAAGGAGAAGAAAAAUGUAAAAAUCACGAAACUGAAAACUGAAAGGGAAACUUUGAUGCUUGCACACAAUCAAUUAUUGAAUAUAUUAAAUAGUAGAUAUAUGGACAGUGAUGAUUUAUUAAGACGGUACCUUCGCCAAACGGACGUUCCGCAACGAGCUCUUUUGCUGCAGGAAGUGCAACGGGUAAAUGCAUUGGAACAUGCAAAUUUGCUAUUAAAACAAGACAUAGUGCUUUUGAAGGCUUCAAUGCCAAACCUCUGUAGUAGAUGCUCAUCAAUUAUACAAAAGUAA